AUACUGUAAUUCUGAAUCAUGUCUGAUAACGGAGAACUGGAAGACAAGCCUCCGGCGCCUCCUGUGAGAAUGAGCAGUACCAUUUUUAGCACUGGAGGCAAAGACCCUUUGUCAGCUAAUCACAGUUUGAAACCUUUGCCCUCUGUCCCAGAGGAAAAAAAGCCCAGAAAUAAAAUCAUCUCUAUAUUCUCAAGCACAGAGAAAGGAAGUAGGAAGAAAGAGAAGGAACGGCCAGAAAUUUCUCCUCCUUCUGAUUUUGAGCACACCAUCCAUGUUGGCUUUGAUGCUGUUACUGGAGAAUUCACUGGCAUGCCAGAACAGUGGGCUCGAUUAUUACAGACUUCCAACAUCACCAAACUAGAGCAAAAGAAGAAUCCUCAGGCUGUGCUGGAUGUCUUAAAGUUCUAUGACUCCAACACAGUGAAGCAGAAAUAUCUGAGCUUUACUCCUCCAGAGAAAGAUGGCUUCGCUUCUGGAACACCAGCAUUGAAUACCAAGGGAUCAGAAACAUCAGCAGUAGUAACAGAGGAAGAUGAUGAUGAUGAAGAGGCUGCUCCUCCCGUGAUUGCCCCACGACCUGAUCAUACAAAAUCAAUUUAUACACGGUCUGUAAUUGACCCUAUUCCUGCACCAGUUGGUGAUUCUAAUAUUGAUGGUGGUGCCAAGUCUUCUGACAAACAGAAAAAGAAGACCAAAAUGACAGAUGAAGAAAUUAUGGAGAAAUUAAGAACUAUUGUGAGCAUAGGUGACCCUAAGAAAAAAUAUACAAGAUACGAAAAAAUUGGGCAGGGGGCUUCUGGUACAGUUUUCACUGCUACUGAUGUGGCAUUAGGACAGGAGGUUGCUAUCAAACAGAUUAAUUUACAGAAACAGCCAAAGAAGGAAUUGAUCAUUAAUGAGAUUCUGGUGAUGAAAGAAUUAAAGAACCCCAACAUAGUUAACUUCUUGGACAGUUUCCUGGUGGGAGACGAAUUGUUUGUAGUGAUGGAGUACCUUGCUGGGGGAUCACUUACUGAUGUUGUAACAGAAACCUGCAUGGAUGAGGCUCAGAUUGCUGCUGUGUGCAGAGAGUGUUUACAGGCAUUGGAGUUUUUACAUGCUAAUCAAGUGAUCCACAGAGACAUCAAAAGUGACAAUGUGCUUUUGGGGAUGGAAGGAUCAGUUAAACUUACUGACUUUGGUUUCUGUGCCCAGAUCACCCCUGAGCAGAGCAAGCGAAGUACCAUGGUUGGCACACCAUACUGGAUGGCACCGGAGGUGGUUACACGGAAAGCUUAUGGCCCUAAGGUGGACAUAUGGUCUCUGGGUAUCAUGGCUAUUGAAAUGGUAGAAGGAGAGCCUCCAUACCUCAAUGAAAAUCCCUUAAGGGCCUUGUACCUGAUAGCAACUAAUGGAACUCCAGAACUUCAGAACCCAGAGAAACUUUCCCCAAUAUUUCGGGAUUUCUUAAAUCGAUGUUUGGAGAUGGAUGUGGAGAAAAGGGGGUCAGCCAAAGAAUUGUUACAGCAUCCCUUCCUGAAACUGGCCAAACCAUUAUCUAGUUUGACACCACUGAUUAUGGCAGCUAAAGAAGCAAUGAAGAGUAAUCGUUAACAUCAUUGCCAUGGCCUCAUAUUCUUUUUCCAUUUUCUAAAAGAAGUCUUUUAAUAUAUGAAAAUUAUUACUCUUUGGGGUUUAAGGAAAUGGCCUGCAUAACAUGGAGGAAAAAAGCAAACUACUACUUCCUGAAGACAACCAAGAGAAAAUUACAAAACAGAAUGACAACUUUCUAUUGAAUCCCUUCUUUAGGGUCCAAAAGGAAUUGUGGACUGAAUCACUAGCCUUACUUCUUUCUGCAAACAGCCCAUUAGGGCCAUUUAUCAUGCUAGAGAUUUGCCUUUUAUUUUGCUGAGUUCAUUGUAAUAGAUCACAUUCAUUGUCCCUUUGGGGGUAUUUUCAGUACUUGAAUAGUAGAUUCGAGUUUUUCAGAGUAUUUGUUUCAUCUGCUAGCUUUUCUCUCUUUGUAGCUUUCUUUUUCCUUGACUUGCUCCUUUUGAGUUGCUUUGAGAAGUUUUUCUUAGGCCUAAAUUUGAGGCAAGUUUGAUAGAAAUUAUGUAGCUCCUUAUAUUGGCAAAGGAGCUUGAUAUGGUUUAACUUUGUAUAGAAGUUAGAACCAGCUAUUGUACAUGUAAUAUUUCAGUUCAGAAUUUGAACUGGGGGAAGGGAAGAAAAGUAUGUGAUUUUUACCUUUUUUAACAAAUGUGAAAGUCAGUUUUAGAAAUUUCAUGGUAGUGAAAUGUUUGGCAUUUGUUACAUGUAUAGAGAGAAGACUAAUAAUCUAUAUUUAUAACUAAAUCAUUGAGACAGAAAAAGAAUCCCAUUGACUCUCCAUCUUUACAGUUCCCUUUUUGACUGUUUCCUCUUCAGCUAUGGCUUCUGAAAUCAGUGAUUUGUUCUUGUUCCAACUUUUGUUAGUGCCGCUACUUUCCCCUUCUCCUAUUUCCCCUUCAUUUUGGAAAUAAGUUUCUGUAUAUGUUGUAAUUUUAGUUUGUUUUUUUAAUUAACCCUCUGUCACCCUACUGCCCCCACCCCCCAUGGUAAAUACUGUAAUAACCAUUGACUUUUCAGAUUUUAAAAAUUAACUCUUUUUUUCAGUUUAAAGGAGAAAAAUAUUUGGAGCUAGUAGAGACAAAGUGAGAGUCUUGAACCUUGGUGAGCUCUAAAAUAACUAGCUGAGAUUAUAUUGAUGAAAGAGAAUUAUCAGUACAUAGAGAUGGAACUGCUGACCAGUAAACUACAGAUUUGUUAUAAACAUUGUUCCCAAACCAUUACCAACAUUGUACUAUCUGAGAACUUAAGUGAUAAAGUACUUCUUGAUAAAUUCAUGGAUCAUUUAAGAUGUUGA